GCAGACUGAAUAUUUAUCUGUUCUACAUCUGUUGAGUGCAUCUGUGUUGCUCUUACCCAGGUGAGUCAGUUUCUCCUUCAUUUAGCUUCUCUAGAGUUGUCAGCUGUUGUCUUUCUUUUGUUAUGGCAAAUGCAACCAACCAGUUACCUGCAAGUGCUUUCAGGGUGUUAACAUGAAUGCAUAGAUUAAAAAUUAGACCUUUAUAGACUUUUAUUGAUAUAAAAGAUGGUAAUUCUUUGGAUGUGUUGGACUGGUGUUCAGUGUUGGUCUCCAUACUUUCCUUGCAUCAGUAAUUUAAGGUAUAGGUUUUAAAGCUUGUAUAUUUGCCCGUCUGUUGGUCUUAUUCUGAUGGGCCUCACUUUAGGCCUAAAUCUCCACUUGAAUGAAAGAGCUGAUGACUUUUUCUGUGGUCAAAAAUACGGGUCAUCAUUAUUUCAUUAAUAAAGUUUGGUCAUAAUAACUUAAGAAGUCCUAUUCUGAUCCAUCAUUUCAAAGUUAUUCACCUGAACGCAAUAUCUGACUUGAGAGAAUAAUUUAAAAUUUGGCACAAACCUCAACAUGGAUUUAAUUCUUGUUAACAUUUGGUGGUCCAAGGUCAAAGGUCAUGGUCACUGUGGCCCUUUCAAUGUUUCUUAAUUGGGGUGUUUUCUGUAAACAUGAGGUCUCAGCAUGCCUCAAGGAUAUUUUUUACUUGAUGGUCAUUAACUCAGGAGAACAAUGCCAUCCACAACAAAGAAAGGGAAAAUCUACUGAAUACAUUAGUUAAUAUACAUCAGUACUUUUUCACUAUCAAACUAUUAAGGUUCGCUACAGGCAGUUUGGAAGCAAGGCCAUUACAGGCCGAACAGUUGGGAAUAACUUUUUUUUUUAAUCCAGCAUGAGUUUUAUGUAUUUUGGGAUGUAUUUACUCCAUGAUCAGAUGUUGCUUUCAUGGAAAUGCACCAUUUUACACCAUUAACUUUUAGAUAUACAUUGAUGUUAAUUGACCGUUGCUAAAUAUAUGUCAGCAAAAGAUAACAAGGGCUUAUUUUUAGGGUUGAACUUCAGUGCAAAAGCAAAAAAAAAAAAUCACAGUUAGAUUAUUCGCCUCAACUUUUUGGCUUUUGAGAGUUUGCAAACAAAAAUCCUAAUAAAUAUCAACUGCGUUCAAACUACCGCAAAAAUGGCUAGAAAGAAGCAACUGAGUAAAGACACAAAAGUGCAGAUUUGUACAUUAAGGAAAGAAGGAUACACAGAAAGAGAAACUACAAAACGCCUAAAGGUGUCUAACAAAGGAGUCCACUACACUCUGAAGAGACUAGAGGAACCUGGAACUUAUGAUGAUAGAAAAAGACCUGGACGAAAGAGAGUUACUACAAAAGCAGAGGAUAAACAUAACGUUGUCACCAGUAAGAGAGAUCGGCGAAAGACAGCACUACAAAUAAAGGAGGAAAUCAACUUGACAAGGUCAAAACCCAUAUCUCUGACAAUCGUGACAUGACGUUUGAGAAAGGCUGGUCUGAGGGGUUGUGUAUUUGCAAAAAAAUCACUACUUCAUCCACAGAACAAGAAAAAGAGACAUGAGUGGGCAAAAGAUCACAAAAAUUGGACUUAUGAUGACUAGAAACAAGUUUUCACUGUUUGGUUCAAAACGCAGAGUCUAUGUCCGCAGACAAACUGGUAAACGUCUGAAAGCACCAUGUGUUACACCCACAAUUCAGCAUGGAGGUGGCAGUUCCAUGGUAUGGGGAUGUUUUGCAGUUGAUGGAGUAGGAGAUUUGUUUGAAGUAAAGGGUAUCAUGAAGAAGGAACAGUACCACUCCAUCCUCCAGCACCAUGCUGUUCCAUCUGGCCUCAGACUUGUGGCUCAAAAGUUUGUUUUGCAGCAAGACAAUGACCCUAAGCACUCUGCCAAGCUCUGUCAGGGUUACCUAGACAAAAAAGAAGAGGAAGGUGUUCUUCAAAAGAUGGUUUGGCCCCCUCAGUCUCCAGACCUUUCUCCAAUUGAACUUGUGCGGGAUGAAUUGGAUCGACCGGUCAGAGAAACGUGUCCCACGAAUCAGCAGUCUCUUGUUCAUGAACUUAAGAAAGUUUGGAAUGAAAUCACUGGAACAUACCUUAAAAAAGCAAAGUCUAAGCAACAAUAACUCAAAUACCUAAUAAUUAUAGUCAAAAUGUCUUCUGAUAGGUUACUCUUUACACAAUAGUCAUGUUUAUUGUCUUGCAAAUUAUAUAUAUAAAACUAUUAUCUUUUUUGUACAAAUCUGAUCUUGCUUCCAAACUUUUGGCCUGUAGUGUACAACUUCUCCUGUUUCCAGCUUUCUAAAAUUAUUUUUUAGAGUAAGGUUCCCCCUACACCAUCUUUAAGAUUAAAGUGAUAUUUAGCCGCUGACGAAUGCAACUCAAAUGUCUUGCUGAGAUGCACGACUGCAACCCUCAAAGUGUUAAUUCUUCUGUCUACAUGUGCUAUCUUCAGAAGUUAACACCUUUUUUUCCCACAUUAUGCUUCUGUGAGCUCAGCACUGAAAAUGAGAAAUGGUGGUUACAAAGCUUCAGUAUUGCACUCGUAGGAGACCAAGUAGCUACACUGUAUCUUUAGUGUGCUACUUGUUUUAGUUUUAAUUAAAAUUUUCAUCUCCAUACAGGUUCCAUACUUUGAUGUUUUAGCUUUUAAAAGCCACACCUCACAGUUUGUGUAAAAUCUUUGCUGCGCCCACAUCUAAAAAAUCCAAGUGUGGUGUGUUCUUAGGUUGAAAAAAAAAAAACACCUUCAGUGGAAAAUCCAACGUUGAAUCAACCUACCACUUGUCAGCAAUAUCUUGAAAAUCAGACCACAAACCACACAAGAAAACAUUUUUCUUCUCAGAAUUUUUUCUUCUUUAUAUGAAAUCUCAGCAAUCGGUGAGAAAAACUUUUUUUUCCCUUUGGGUGUUAGACAGGUCAUCAAAGGUGACAACUCUCAAAGCUCAUCAGCUCAAUUUAACUUUAUUAUUCAUAUUCAAAAUGAAAAUAUAAAAAUAAAAUUCAUAUUUACCAGAUGAAUCUAUUUUAUAAUGAGUGCUUUAAAACAAUAAAAAAAUAAAAUAAAAAAAACAAUUAGAAAUACUUUCACAUCUAUUCAAAUGCAGUGGAUUUGCAGUCUUACCAUCUUAAUAUAUGUACUGAUAAUAAAGGUUGAUAUUUAAUCAACCUCUCUUGGUUGGCUUGUAAAGCGUCAGUGUAAACAUUAACCAAAUUGAAGUGGCAAAGAAACAGUGAGCUGACCUUUGAGUGUUGAAGAACUUAUAUAACAGCUUAUAAAGUGCUUUCAAAAACUGAAAGUAACAACGAUCUGAAAGUUGUACACUGCAGCAGCUUAGCGUGAAGUUAGCCACAACCACAGCACUAUCUUUUUCCAUCAGAGGGUCAUUUCAGCAGUUGGGCUUCCUGUGUUGUGACAGUAAGGUGAAGAUAUUGUGGCUAAGAUUGUUUUAUUUUUGUUUGUUGGUUUGUUUUUAGUUUCAUUUAUUUUGUUGCCACUGUUUUCUUGGCGGUAUGUCUUAAGCCUCCUUUUUUCACAAACUAUAAAGCAGCAAGAGUUGGCUGAUUUAGGCCAACACUUUCACCUGUGCAAAACUUUCAAGAAAUGUCGUACGGUUAAAAAAGUUGGUGGCCUAACCACUCGGCUGCCUGCAACCGUUUUCACAUUGUGGUUUCAAGUUUCCAGAACUUCUGCAACAACAAACACACUGACCUACAUGUUAUUAUUGAGAAAAAAAACACUUCCAUCUAGAUGUAUAAGUAGAAAUCAUCAUGUCAGACAUUAGUAAAACAGCACGCCUCUUAUCACUUUGGAGCCACUGAUUACAGCCACAGUCAAAGUUACCUGAAUACUAACUACUACACUUCAACUGCUCCAUACAUCAGUGACGACAUCAAUACUGUCAAAAUAUGCUGUCUAAUGUUCACAGAAAUAUUCAGGCGGGGCUCAGAGGAAGUGUUAACCACUGUCAACCAUAGCUGUCAAAUUUCUCCAGAAAUUAGCAGAAGGUUUGUCAUAUCCUUCAUAUGGAAGGAGAAACGGAGCGGGAGAACCAGAGGAGAAGAGAGACAAGCAAUGAAAGGUUUCACCGAGUUGGCUGUUGCUGUGGCUUUUUCUUCCAGUAAAAUCGUUUUAAUUUCUAUCUGUAUGUUUCAGCCAUGGUUCAUCCUCGGAUCCUGAGAUACUUUCUAUUUUUUCUUGGAUCAUUUGGAAUCUGUGCUGGAUUUGUGAAAGGUAAGCAAAUGAGAAAGAAAGAGUGUUUCAUUGUAUAUCUGUACAUCUAUUAUGGGUUUAUGUUUUUUUUAAUUUCUUGAAAGUACUGUGUAUCAUAAGUUCUUCCGCUGGUCCACAGGGUCCCACCUAGGUUCUACAUUUCUUUCAAUUUCUAACAGUCCCUCACUGAUGCUCUAACAGGGGUCCAAUUGAGUUUAUAUGUGAUAAAAUUUUCUACCAUGAAUUACCUGUCAAACAACGUUUUUUGUUCUGUUUUAAAUGGAGAACUUCAAACUUGACAUUAACAAGUUAACUAGAUCCCUUUCUUUGUUGACUGUUUCAGAAAACUGUACCUACUCCACGCACCAGUUUGGGUUUUUUUACUUUGCACCCGGGGAUGUAGCCAUGCUGAAUAGUACUCUGGUGUCAUCAGAUGUCUUCAACUUCACAAGUGGGCCUUUCAACAUCACCUGGUACAACUCAAAGACACGUCAAGAAGUAAAGAACCAGACUGGUCGCAUCCUGGUGCGAGGAGAGACUCUAUGGUUUCUCAAUGUAACACUGGAGGAUAACGGAGAAUAUGUGGCCAUACUGAGGUACGGUAAAAAACAGAAGUAUUAACCCAAGUGGGAAAGCACUGAUUGAUAAAUGUCAUAGUGUCAGGGUUUGGAGUCAAACAAAAAGGGAAGGGCCCAACAUGUAGAUCAAAAAGGAUUUAUUCAAAAGGAACUAAAAAGCAACAAAAACUUACUUUGAAUGUCCAACAGAAAUAUUCCCAAAGGCAAAAAACCCAAAAGGGAAAAUCCAAAAGGGCAAAAACUAACCGGAAGAAGUAACACAGAGGCAUUGACACACGACAUACAUUCACAAAUUCACAAUGAACCUACAAAGAAACAGGGGAAGACAAGGACUGUAAUAUACACACACAGGGAAACGAUUAAGGAGAGACAGGAAAGGCACGUGAGACACAGGCGCAGACAAUUACUAAAGAGGGAAAACUGAGGAAGCAAAACAAGACUAGAAACACAGGGAAUAAACUACCACAGAAUAAAACAGGAAACACUGAUAUAAGGAAUAAAACACUGCAAACAUGAAGGAAACGGGGUCAGACACAAACUGGAAAUUCACAAGACAGAACUACUGGGAAACAGGGACAAUAAGGCACAGAAACACCAGGGAAAAUACACUCAAAUCAUAGAGAAAAACUCAAUAAACAGAACACAUCAUGACACAUGACAUCUUUACGCCUGAACUGCUCUAUUGGUCUGUAUGGGUGGUUAUUACUGCUUGACUAGACAGCCCAUAUACAACUUGAUGACUGCUUUCUAGAUCUAGAUACUGAAACAAACUGCACUGCGCUAUAAAAUACUAUAACAUUAUGACACUGACAUGAGCAAAAGCCCCAGCCACUGGAAGAUGCCCUCACUACAAAUUGGACGCAAUAAAUGAUACACCUGGGCUUAAUUUCUCAUGGAUCUCCAUCAUAAAAGUAUGAUAUUUAAGACUGAAUGAUUGUCUAAAUACAGUUCUUCUUCAUUUCCAACAGGACACCUUUUCAGUGCUUCAGGCAGGACAUCAAGCUGGUCAUGAAUCAACCAGGUGCCGAAGGAUGCGGGAGGCUAAAAAAAAGUUUUCAGAAUCUCACGAAUGGGGAUAAUGGCCAGCUUUCUUGCCCUCUGAAGGACUACAUUGAAAAACUGAGGAGCUACAACAUAGCCCUUACCAGCAAGUGGUACAAAGUAAGCUCUGGGAAAGUCUGAUUAAUGAGUAUGUAAAUGUUAUGCACCUUCAUGAGCCGGGGAAACACUUUCACUUUCAAGGUUCAUUAUCCUAAAAUGACUCGAAACUCUUCAUGAGCGAAAUCAGCACUGACACAAAACAGUAAACUGGAAGCUGCUUUAUUUAUUUGUUUAAAUAUUUUCUUUAAAAUUCUUUCUGAAAAAAGGCCCAUUAGAUUCUACAUAUCCAGGAAGUAUGUCCACAUCAACUGUUAAAGAAAAAAUGUGACAACUUAGCCGAUAUUAUUCACAUUUCUUUGGUGUUUUAGUGAUUCAAGGUGAACUAUACAACCAAGGUGUAUUGCUGUUUUAGAUUACCUGACCUUUAAACACUUCUGUUUAAACAGUUUUUCUAUUUCCACUCUUAUUUCUUUGAUUUUACACAUUUCUGUCAUCAAUCCUGUUGUGUUACCUACUAACUGUGUUUUCUACAAUUUACAAUAUAUAUACAAAUUAAAUAUUUGAUCGAAGGAGGAUUUCCCUGUGUUAUGUCAUUGGAAAAGCCUGCUUUUGUGUGCCCUCUCAUCUAGGGUUGUGACCUGUUAGAGUCUGAGACGGAAAAGUACUCCUUCAUUGACGCGACCACUCUUGGGAUAACAAAAGUAGGUCCUGAAGACAAAGGCUCUUUUACCUGCACAUUGACCUUCACCCUGGAUGGAGUUACAGGAUCUGUGUCUGAGACAAUUGACGUACAGGUUAAAGGUGGGGACAAAGAUAAGAAAUUUGUUAAACUAAUACGACUGAAUUCUGUCAAUCCUUGACUCUGUACUGUGACCCUGACAUUAAAAUUAACUUAAUCAUUCUAACCACCAAUAAGGAGUGAGUUAGAUUUCACUUUCUUUACAACCUUUUUAAAAUGAAUCUGUUACUUUAUGUCAUGAUAAAGCAAUGAUUUUAAAAGUGAACUCAAGACGUGUCUUUUUAGUGUUUUGGCAUUUAUCUCUGUCUGGUUUUACUGUCAGGCUCAUCUUUUUUAAGUUAUUUUGGUGCUUUUAUUUUAGUAUCUUUUAUUUCAUUUUAUUUAUUAUUUCUUAAAUUUCAUUUUAUGUUUCUUCAUCUUGGGUUUUAAGAUGGUGUUUCCUCAGUGCGCAUAUUCCUGUUUUUACCAAAUCGAGCUCUUUUCAAGUUAAUGCAUUUUAAUACUCGUUUCUGUUGUGCUUGGGGAUGAGGGGAUGGGUUGGUGGUAUUUUUGUUUCUUUUAUUCUUCUUCUGUGUGAAGCUCUUUGUGCUACAUUGUUCUGUAUGAAAAGUGUUAUACAAAAAAAGAUUGAUAUGUUGAUUGAUUAUCUUAUGUUGUCUGUCCUUUCAGAGAAGUCCUUUUUAUCUGCACAAAUGCUUCAGCCAAUUAGUGAAAAAGUUAAGGCACAUAUAGGUGAGUCCCUGUCUGCAAUGUUUUUUUUUUUAAAUAUGAAAAAGUACAAUAGAAAUCAUGUUAUUACUGGUGAUUAUUCAGUACAGUAAAAUUGAUUUUUUUUGUUUUUGUUUUUUGUCUCAAGGCUCCAAUUUAAGUAAACAGUGUGAGGUUUUUGUGCCAAAUGUGAAAAAAAAGCCCUCAGUUGGUGUUGUCUGGCUGGUGAGAGGAGAUCUCAUUUACAAGAACAACGAAAACCAUGUAUACACAUCAAAAAAAAGGUUUGCACCCUUUUUUUUUUUUAUAUAUACUUUAUUGUCCCCGUGGGGAAAUCUGACUCUCUGAUGGUUCUGCAGUCAGAACAGUAACAUUUACAAACACACCACAGUCACAACCUGUCGCCAUCACAUACAAGCGACCCUAUUGCACAGUUCCAGUGAAUAAAGAAAGGAAUAAAAGACAGUGUAAAAGACAGUUAAGAGAGAGGUCUUUUUCUGUCCUUUAAAAAAGAAAAAUCACAUCGUUAUUUUUUUGGCCAUCGUCCUCCACUAAAACUGUGAUUACAUGACAAACACUCAAGUUUCAGUCAAGAGCUUUAGCUUAAGAAUAAUUUAAGACAUACAGUGUAACUGGUAAAGCACAGAAAGAAAUGUAGGCACCAACAUAUUAAGCUUGUCUCACAAUUUCUCACACAAUAAUUGGUAGUCUGCAGACGAUCAUCACCUAGGAGUCAACAUCUGCCAAAAUGAUAAAAAAUAUACAUCUAUUUUUACAAUGGAGAUUUUCCCAAUAAGUGUGCAAAUGAUGUUCUUAAAAUGAUCUUAGAAACAUCAUAAGCUCAUGGGGGCGCCACUGGCCCAGUGGUCUAAGCAUGCAUCCAGUUUACAGAUAGCCUGGGUUCAAUUCCAACAGGUCGCUCCUUUCCUACGUCACUUCCUGUAUUUUUGCCUCAUUUCUUGCUCUUUCCAAAGUCCAAUUCUAUCAAACAAAAGCAUGAAACCCCCAAAAUAACAUUAAGAAGGAACACUGAAAGCUUUAAUCUUAUAUAUCUGAGGCCCAGUCCACACAGAUGUAACUCAUAUGUACAAUAUAAGUUAUAAAUCAUACAUUUUCAUUGCAUUACCUUUCUGUUCUCUUGUCUAUUUGUUCUAACCAGUCACCGGCCCCACCAGGGAGGAUUUCUCUUCCAGGUAGAGCUGAUCAUCCCUAAACUGAGAAAGGAGGAUUUCAACCUCAACUACACGUGCAAAGUUGACACUGGCAAAGCCACUACUCAAGGAUAUUUCACUCUGGAACGAGCUGGUAAAAAAAACACAGAGAUGAACCCUAACUGAGCCUGUGCAUUAGGUGGAGCACCGGUUCGGUUUAAAAUGGGAUGAUCAGUCUUCUCAUUGAUGGUCUAGUUUGCUUUUGUGUGUCAUUAAGUGGCACCAGUACCAAUUUCAGUCUGUUAUUUUUAAUCCUUACAGUACUUAUGUUGUGCUUAUGUGACAUCCAUCUUUACAGAUCCUGACAUUAUACUGCCAAUAGGAUUGGUGUUUGGUGGUGGGACAGUUCUCUUUAUCAUCAGUGUCAUUGUCUACCAUCUUCUUAAGGUUGACAUUGUACUGUGGUUCAGGAAAGCAUUUCCAGUCCUCUAUCCAAAUACAGGUAACAUUUCACUGCAGGUGAAUGACUGAUUAUCAUUCCGCUACUGUUUCUAUGCUUUCAAUUAUCCUUUUUUGAUUUCAGAUUUGGAUGGUAAGCUGUAUGAUGCCUAUGUGGCAUACCCACAGCCCUGUGACCCCGGAUUCAGUGAGGAGGUUGAAAAGUUUGCUUUACACACACUCCCUCAAAUAUUGGAAGAGACUUGUGGAUAUCAGCUCUUCAUAGCAGGCCGGGACUGUCUGGCCGGACAAGGUAAGUCACCGACAAGGCUGCCACAUACAUGUGUUGUCAUAAUACCAAAUUUGGACUUUUCUUCUUGAGCAUCACUAUACUUGAUACAGAAAUGUUACUCAAAGCUGAACGAUCUCUACAUGAACCGCACGUCAUGUUUGGAUUUCAGAAUUCUCAACAAACCAUGAUUCUACCAACCGACCAAGUCCUUUUAAACCAUUUUUAAUAAUCCCAAUCUCAUUCUCUGGUAUUCCUGCAGGAGCUUUAUGUUCACUAUGGGCACCAUUACGUGCUAAUUUUAACAUUAGCCAACAGCUUGACACUAUUUAGAGUUUAACCAUUGUGACAGGCACAUGUAUGAGAUCCUCAAAUAACUGCAGUGUGAUAUUUUUGUUAAUAACUGCAUGUUUAAAUAAGCUUGUUGUGGUAUUUAAGAUGCAGAGAAGGUCUGAUAUUGACAUACUACUGAUGCACUGAUGUUACAGAUCCCUUGAUACAAUCAAACGGCUCAUUGAGAUCUCACUAAUGAGCUAGCCUGCUGGCUUAUAUGCCAAUCUGUAUUUGCUCUCCUUGAAGGAGUUUGUAUGUCUGUGUUACUGAGGGUUUGAAAGUUUGCAUACUGCGAUUUUGAAGUAUCUUUUAUACAAAGGUUGUAAUGAGUCAUAUGGUUUGCCAUCAGUGUCCGCUCUGUAGGCAAGGUAGUCCCACAAGAGACUCUAGCAGCUGGUUCUGAUCUCUUGUUUGCAGGAUGACUCACUGUUGUCAUUCGUAGUGGACAUGUUGAGGCAGAGGCAUUGCUUUUCCCACUUGAUAAAGGCUCAUUUUGUAUAAAUUACUGACAUCAACAUGCCUCCUGAAGCACUGACAGUCUCUGACAUGCCCUCCUUGCUUAUACUGCUACUUGUGGAGUCAAAAGGUACUGACAUUUUUAAGACAAAAGACUGACUAAAGGGGCGCCAAUGGCCUAGUGGUCUACGCACUCAAUAUAUAGAGCCUAUAGUGCUCAUCACUGUGAUUGCUUUACUUCCCACAGUUUCUGUCCAUCUGAUCAAAGCAAAAAUAUCCACAAAUGUAACUUUAAAACAUUAACUCCAGUCGCCCUUCAUCUACUCUGUCCUCCUGCAGCAAUAGUGGACUCAGUGGAGGAGAACUUACAUGCAAGUCGCCAAGUCCUUCUGCUCUACACUGCCUCAACCUUUGUCAGCGAGGAACACACGAGCAAAAGUGACAAAAUAACCCCAACAGGCACUGACUGCAACUCUAACAGUGAGAGGAAAACCACAGAUGACAACAGCAAGAUGAACUAUGAUGAUAAUAAGAAUGUCUAUUCAGACACAAGGCAACAAUUGGAGUGUGUAGCAGUAAUGCACAGAGCUCUACUAGAGGGAUCACUGAAGGUAUGAGGACAAACUUUUUAAUUCUCAGCUUCAGGAGUAGAUUGAUAUCAUUACGAGAUAAUGCUACCAAUUGUACUUGCAGAGGCAGGCGCAGCUGAAUGUCAUUUUUAAAUUAUGUGCAAUGGGAUUAGCCAACAGCAUCAGUCAACAGUCUACUAUUCUAUAUUAUAGCUAGAUGUGUGUCAGCCUAAUUCUUGUUCUAAUUUGAGUUCUGCUUUAUAGGUAGUUCUGGUGGAGUUGGAGGAGAUCAGCCCUGCUCAGCUCGCUCUCUUCCCCGAGUCAGUGCGUCAACUAAGAAAGAAGCAGGGCGCUGUGUGUUGGUGGAAGAACCUAAAGAAGAGGCAGAGGUCUGGGACAUGUACAAGGAGAGAGGAUGAAGAGAAAGGUGGACAGGAGACAAAGCUGUCUCCAUCCUUAUCACCCACCUCCAGGUUUUGGAAGGAUAUGAGAUAUCAUAUGCCGGUAAAAGGAAAGAAGAAGUGUACACCAAGAAAACUACCCCGCUAA